UGUUAUGACAGUCGCUGAACUGAAAAUUCUUGUUUUUAUAUUAUUUUCGUCUCGGGGAUUUUACGAACAUGCAAGUCACAUGCACAAAAGCACCCAGACUCUAGACAAUCAUUCGUGAAUCGCACAAAUGUUUAUUCUACGCAGACAUCGAACCCGCGACACGUCGCGCGUCGCGCUCAUUGGAUUUGUUGUGGUGACCUCAACAACUCGGCUAUCCGUGCAGUCAAAAUGAAUGAAUGAAACACAAUAGUUAAUACUACUAAAUAAUAAGAAAUUCAUUAUAUUGAUAGUGAGUGUUCCACCCCACUCUGAAUUUCCAAUAAUUAUGCUGAAAAGGAGAAUAGGAAUAGUGCCAAUUUCCACUAUACUAACAGUAAUCCUUCUUCUUGUUUUAAAUUUGUUAAGUCGCAUUUAUUGUCAAACGAAGUUUUCAGCCAAAAAGACAUUUGAAGAUUGUUUGACAUUUUACACAAAUGGAGUAUUAUAGCUAUCUCGCUUCUUCGUACAAAAUUAAAAUAUUGCUAGAGGCAACGAGUGCAAUCGCUAUCUUAUCGCUAAAAGUGUACCUUUGAGGCAAUGGAAGAGUGGACUUCCAAACGUGUACACCUAAAUGUCGAUAAAAUGAUAUCAUCGUAAUAUAUCUAGAUAACUAUUUAGUGAUAAUUAUUACCUACAGUGUUUAUAUUGUGAGUGUUUAUAGUUUACUAAAGAGUGACGGCAAUUUUUAAUAUAUAUAAUUCAGUUUUGACAAACAUAAGAAUUGAUUGACGAAAACGAUUUAUCAGUAAGUUCUAAUUAUUUGCUCGUAACAUAAAGUAUACACACAUGUCAGUCUCUUUGUGCUAAUAAUACCUGCCAUUUUUUUAAACUGUCAAUUUUCCGUCGAGUUUUGUCACAAGUAGUAAAAGGAAUGCUUACGACUUGCUUGACAUAAAUAUUCCUUAAGGCAUAAAUUGUAAAUCUGGGAUAUAUAGUUAACUUGUUUAUUAUAAAGCUAAAAACAAUAGAACAAGCAAAUUAUUAUAGAAUAGAUUUCUCCUCCUUCAGCGUCAAAACAGAAAUUACUAGAAUAAUAAAGGUAUCCGUAAGGAGAAGUUUUUUGAAAGAAGUACCUAAGUAUGUCACAAACUAACGAAGCUGUUGAUGAAGAGAAACUUCUUAACAACGGACGGCUUUUCAAUGUUAUAAGAAAGAAUAAGACACCAUAUGAAAAGCAGGAGAAAAUAAUUAAACAUUUAGAAAGAGGUGCAGAUAUUAAUGCGGUCGAUGCCAAUGAUAACGGUAAUACGCCAUUGCAUAUAGCCGUUUUGAAAGCAGAAACAGAAAUAGUGUCAUUUCUCUUAAGCCGCGGCGCAAAUGUGUACCUCGAAAAUAGUAAGGGACAAACAGCAGCUGAUGUAGCGCGACAACAUUCAAAAGAGAUUUACAACCUUUUAAUUCAUCACACGGUAAAUAAUUCGACGAAUAAAAAAGAAGACAAUGUAAACGAUCUUAAGAAAAAACGUGUUUUUAAUCGGGAACCGAAAGAAAUUUUAAAACUACAAAAAAAGGAAUUAAACGACGACACGGUUACAGCACAAGCUCAAUAUCUGAAACGAAUAGGUUCGUCAGGAAUUAGUGGAUAUUUUUAUGAAACAAAACUUCUAACUCUUAUCCUACUCAGAGCAGAGGUCGACAAAGACCUCGAAGAAUUUUAUUUAGGAACGAAUAUUGAUGGUCUUGGCGCUUUCGAUGACAUAGUUUUUCAGUACAAACGACGUGGUCAAGCAUCGAAAACAAUAUUCUUGCAAGCUAAACAUAAAAAUCCUAUCAAUGAUAAAUUGAAAGUUAGUGACAUGUUUAAGAAAAAUGAAGACUUUUGCGUUCAGAAAUAUUUUGACAGCUAUUUAGAAAUCAAAGGGAAAUUCGAUUCUGAAAUUAAUGAUGUCAUAUUUAAAGGAACGACGUUAAAUGAUUGUGAAUUUAUCUUAUACACAUCUGCCACAGAAAACUUUGCCAAAAAAAGAGAAAUAGAACAUUGUGAUGAAGCGUUCUUUAUUGAAACAUGCGGAAACGGAAAAGUAUUCCAUUUCCAAUAUGAUGACCAAGACUUGGAAAAAAUAUUACAGUCUGUCGUCGAAACUCGAGCUGUAUCGUUGGCCAAAAAAUUAGCGAAAUUCAUUGCCAAAGAGAAAUGUGAUAGUAUAAUGGCUGACGACGUGAUCAAAAUUUAUCACGUUUUCGUGGCACGCGACAUAUUAAUACAGGAUGAGCAAACAAAACUUUGGAAAUUUAGGAAAACAUUUUUAAGCUCAAAUGAUAAACUUUUAGUGUCAAUAAAACAGACGAUAAUAAAUGAGCUAAAAAAGAACAAACAUAUAGAAACACUAAGUUUAAAACUGCCUUCAAAUUUUGGAAACGUAUCAUUUAAUCUGAAAGAAAAAAAGAAGCACAAGUUACUUCAUAUGUUAUGUACUAAAUUCUGUCACCUUUUUAAAACUGCUGACAAAAAAGAUUUGAUAUCUGUCAUUGAAAUUAAUGAGCGCAGUUUCAAUGAAGGCAGCAUCUUACAACAAAAUGAUCUAGAACCACAUUUAAUAGGGGGCUUAGUUGGAAACCUUCUUAUAUUUGACGACGAAACUAAAAUGUUAAAAUUUAAUCUUAACAAAACUAGUUUGCCUGGGCACAGUCUAAAUUUACUUGAACUCUUGCAGGAUAAAGAAAACGACCUAGAGCAAUAUAGGUUUGAAUUUAAUAUUCUACGUUUUCCAAAACUGUGUUUGAUUAAUGAAAAGAUAGAUUUAGAAAUUAUUAGAGACUUUUUAGCUAAACUAAAGUUUUUUACGAAUCAAGCAAAAGAAGAUCAAAUAGAAUCCAUUUUGCGAAAAGAAAUCCAAGAAGUUUGUAAUUCACGUAAACAAACUCAAGGAAUAAAAUGUGAAGCAGUUUUCUUCAAAAUGCACGACAAGGUUCUUAAAUGGUGGCAACAACCUCAAAACGUACCAUAUUACAAUAAAUCGACACAAUGUUUUAAAGAAACUAUAAAGAACAUACAGAAUAACACACUUUUGACUACCUUGGACUUUAUUUACAUCAAAAACCUGGAAAGUCUUAGAGCUAGUUUUAAAUCUUCUGCAAUUAAAGCACUUAAUGUCCAUACCUUUAUACAAAGUAAUAUAAGAAUAAAUGUCCUUCAAUCGGAUGAAGUCUCAUUAACAAGUAUUAAAUUGAAACAAUACUUUGAAGAAAAUUUAUCUGUCACUAAUAUGUUUUUAGAACUAAAUACUCAUAUAACUGAUAACGAUUUAGAAGCUGUUAAAACAGAGUUAAAAGUAAUAAAUAUAUACGUGUUGGUAUUAGUUUAUCAACAUAGUAAAGCUUUGGCUCACAAGCUAAAAGCAGUGACUGAUGCAUUUCGAAGUAAAAUUAUAAUAAUAACAAACGAUAUAGAAGAAAUAAAACAAACUCUAAGAGAAAACGUCAUUAUAAAACGUGAUGAUAAACUUAGAUUUUUAGACUAUUCCAAGAAAACGCGGGGAAGUAUUAUUGAACAAGGAGAGCUUAUUUUUCAAGGACAUAAAUUACCCAUCAACUCUGAAGUCUUAAAAAAACUAAAACCUCAAAUAAUUCGUCGCAUUGCGAAUCGGGAGACCGUAACCAUAGGAGAAUCUCCUGAAAUGGUUUCCUGCUACAUAACACGAAGCAUAUGCCGUUGCAUUACUUUAGGUAUGAGAAACCCAGAUUUUGCUGAAGUACAUUUUAUAAAUGACUGUGGACCGGAAAAUACCCCAUUACAGGCGCAUCAAGAUAUAGUAAUAAUGUCAGAUUGCGAAAAGAUAUUUGACGAUAAUUGUAAAAAGUACGAAGAUCGUAAUGUCCAUUGGUUUAGUCGCGAAGCUAAUGGCAGGGGCAACAUCUGGCUGAAGUCUCGCGGGAAUAUAACAACUUUACAAAAAUACAUCGACAAAGAGACACGCACUGAUUAUAUUUUACAACCAGAAACGAUAAAGGAUGUCAAUGAUAAGGUCGUUAUAAUUACUGCUGAGCCGGGUAUGGGAAAAACAACCUUAUUGACUCAUCUAGCGAUCCAAACAAAGAAUAAGUUUCCAAGUAUGUGGAUAACAAAAAUAAAUUUAGUGGAACAUAUUCACUUACUAUAUAAAUGGGAGAAGGAAGAUAUUGUAAUCACUAUUAAAGAAGUUAUUUUAUUUCUAUAUAGUGCCAUAGAUAUAAAAGCACGAAUAGUAACGAUUGGAAAUACAAAAUACAAUUGCUCGUUUUCGGAAAACCUUAGAAACCGAACAUUUAUCAAUAACGUCAACAAAGUUUACCUAGAUGGCGGGUCAGAUGGUAAUAAUAAAGAUGAUCUAGAUGAUGUGGGUGUUCAUUUUUUUAACUAUUGUUAUAACAAUGGACAAUUAGCUCUUCUAUUUGACGGAUUUGACGAAAUCUGUCCAGAAUACACGGACGUGGUCCUAAAAAUGCUGAUCACCCUGAAAUCUUCUAAGCUCGCGCAUUUAUGGGUAACAACGAGGCCAUAUCAAAAUGUUCUUAGUCAAUUGGAAAACGCUUUGGGCACAUUUUCUUUUACUUUGCAACCACUAUAUGGUUUUGAACAAGAGCAUUUGCUUCGACAAAUAUGGUGUGCUCCGCUUAAACUCGACGGUGAUGAUUUUCUCAAAGCAAGCAGUUACGUCUAUACAUUUUAUCGUGCAAUCACAUCUUCUAUAGGAGUAGGUGUAGGUAUUAGCUUUACCAGUAUACCGUUACAUCUUCAUAUGAUUGCAGAUAUUUUUCAAGACUAUUUCCAAGUCAUAUAUUUCAAACAAACUAGUGAUAGUGAAGCUGCUAAAUUAUCUGACGCACAAAGUGACUUUUUAAAUGACAUUUCUAAUAUUUGUACACUCUAUGAGUUUUUCGUUGAUAGAAAAUUUUAUAAGAUUCGUUUCGGCAAUCAGAAACAUAGUAUGGACCCCAAGGACAUGCAUUAUUUUUCGCAUAUCUAUAAUAUGGAUGAUUAUAUACAGAAAGAACACCAAAUAUUUUUAGAUUCUCAUAAGAAAUUCGGAGCAUACGAGCUUUUCAAUAAUCAUGACAUACCAGAUUUAUUUUCGAAAGAAGAAAUUCAAGAAGUAUCUGUUUUUAUCGACAGUAUAAAGUCUGGAAAAGAAAAGACAGGUAUCGUUGAAUGUAGUACGAUUACUAAAGAACCCAAAUUUGUACAUUUAACUUACGCCGAAUAUUUCGCAACAGAAUUCAUUUGUGAUAAACUGAAGGACGGUUCUAGUACUUGUUCUAUGUUGAAGUGUUUAAUUAAUUAUAUUUGCCUUCACGUGGCAGGUAUGCGAAGGUUUUUUAACAGUAAGCUGAUCAAAGUUCCACAACUACUUGAUUUCAUAAUAGAUGGUGAUCAUUCCUCAACAGUACUUGGAAUACUUUUGUCUCAGAAUAGUUUACCGAAUACAGCACUACAUAUCUUGAUCGACGAACACUAUAAUACUACAGCAACGUUUUUAUUAAAAUGCACUAGAAAAGCUAUUAACAAAAACAAUGUAGAUGAUUUUAUCGCUUUGUUAAUGAAAUACAGUCAAAGAGGCUGUGUAUUAUGUUCCCUUGUGGCAUCGAACCAAGUAGAUUUAUUAAAUGAUAUAUUUGAAAUCGUAAAACGUGUUGAUGAAUUAAAGAUCCAAAAAUUGUUUUUUUGUAAGCAUAACCAUUUAAUGCUAGCAUUGAGCACAAUUAGAAAUUUAUAUAUGACAACUGUAUCAAUCCUUUUAAAUGAAAUUGCGUGUUACAAAGAUUUUAUUGUUGAGGUGUUUACUGUUUUAGGAGAAUGUGACGACUUCACAGCAUCUCACGUUAUGAGCAUGAAAUUCGUAAUAAAGAUUAUCUCACAUCACCUUAUGGGGCUCAGUCUCGAACAACUUACUAGAAUAUUUUCAGUCGAAAACUUUCGAAAAGAAAUUCCAGCACAUUUUGCUGCUCAAAUGAACAACUAUGAUUAUUUCGAAACUAUAUAUAAUUUGUUAGGCAAAGACAAGUUUAGGGAUAUAUGUAUGACUGAAGAUAAUGCAGGGUUCACUCCGAUCAUGUUUUUCAGGCAAAACCAGUAUGCCAAUAAUCAUUUCAAGAAUCUUAUAGAAAUAGUUUUUGACGUAAAAGAUAUACAAGACGUUAAGGAGUUUAUAUUUCAGAAGACUGCACCGAACAUACAGCGAAGUAAUUAUUUUCUCGCGAAAGGUCAGAUAACGCACUUUGCAUCCAGUUAUUAAAAGAUGAACAGUAACUAUUCUUACUAUUCAUAACACCUUGGUUAAUAAAUAGGCAUGGUUGGCAAAAAAUUAUAGUAGUUAAGUAGUUACCUUGCUAUCUGCGGAAAUUUAAGUGAGGAAUUAGUUUCGAGCUUUGCAAUACUUUUAAGUUGGUACAUACUCUGUACUUCAUGAUUAGCAAUAAAACAGAAUUAAUUUUGUUGUGUUUUUUUUAAGUUUAAUUAAUCUACCCAUUUUAAGUCAAUCGCACAAAAUCGUUUUUAUUUUGCCAAACACAUCCAAAUGUCUUAAACAAACGGCGCGACUACAAUACCCAGCAAAACGUACUUAUUUAACUAAAAUAUUAUGUAGGUGAGAAUAGCUUAGCUUCUUUUAUUAUUUUUACUGAU